GACAUGAUGUGACAUGUGCUGUGUUUACAUCCAUCUGGGAAUUGUUUAUGAUUGACAUGUUGACAUUACUGAAAGCAAACGCGUGAACAUGCAGAGGUGGUGAUAAUUUGUUACCACUUACGCCCAUUCAGAGACCUAUUUCCUCUUCCAGGAUGGCCAGCAUAAGAUGAUUUUACUGUGUUUAUGAGUGCAUGUGUCAGAUGAGCAGAGCAUCAUGUUUACAAAACACUGGGUGCCCGCCCACUCACAACAGUUACUUAUCGCAGGGGACAGGAAGGACAUAUUCGGGACAUCCACCUCUAAGCUGAGAUACGAAGGCUUUGGGGAUGAUCCAGACAGGCUGAACACUAAUGACAUAUUGAGCAAACUGAGUCAGUGUCAGGACAGGAGUUAUCUCCCCUUAGUCCACACUGGCUGUGAGUGUUAUAAAGUGGCUGUUGGAGACAAUGGAAAGAAAGAAACCCUCAGUGACAUUUUGAAAGAAGAUUCGGAAAGUUCUUCAUCAUCAGAGGAAGAAGAUCUUUCCUUUGAAUAUAUGAUAGAAAAACUUGAUUUUCAAAGAAGAAAAGCGGACGUGACAGUUCAGCAGAAAACACUGAUUACCCUGAUAAGAAGUUACAAGAGCCAAGAGACAUUAACCCCAGAAUCUGUUCACAAGUUGAUUGCUUACCUUCACACAGAAAACAUUGUCAUGAGAGAAGCUGGCUUGAUUCUCCUACAACAGUGUUGUAACCAUGGUAACAAUGUCCAGCUGCUCAUAGAGUUAGGUGUACUGAAUGACCUUACCUUGAUCAUUACAUCACGAGAUUGUAAACCUGUACACGCCAUUGCUCUGGAUGCUAUCAGAAAAAUAAUUGAACACGCAUCUCUAAAAGAAAUAUGGUGGGAGCCAAUCCAAACUCUUCUCCCAAAGCUGCUGACAAAACUGACCAAUGAGAAGCGAGUUGAUGUAAAAGUGGCAGUGCUAAAGAUACUUAAGAUCUUGUCAAAUGUGGAAGAAGGGGCAUCAUGGGUAACUGGCCAAGGAAUGCCUGUAUUAGCUUCAAUGAAGGAUAAAAAUACAGAUAUCAAGGAGUGCUUUGCAGAAAUACUGACUGGGUUGGUAUGUCAUGGCAACCCAGCUACAGUUGGUAACCUUGAUAAUAAAGGCGUCUAUGUUGGGCUAGACUUGCUGCAAGCUGGACCUUGCGGUCCACAGGUACGCUCUCUAAAGCUGAUUUGUAAUCUGAUUAACACCUCAGCAGGAUUAACAGACGUGGUGAACGCUAAUGUGGUACCCUAUGUGCUGUCUGCCCUGAGGGACAGCAGGUGCAGGAAAGUGAAAGCUACUGCAGCUGGUGUUUUGGGCUCUAUCCUAUCAACCAGAAAACCAGGCCAGGUCAAGGACAUUCUCAAACAAGCGUGGGAAUUCUUUGAAAUUUUAAGCAAAGAUCCAAACAGGGAAGAACAUGCUGGGAUAGUCCACCAUGUUGGGGACCAGCAGAUAGUUUACCCUUUGAAACUAAAAUCUGAGCCACAGGUGAAAUUGGAUGUGGGUCUUGAAAAACUUGUGAAAGUCACAGUGGACUUAUUGUGUCAAGAAGGUUGCAUAGAGAAAGGUCCAUUAGGCCAGCACCUCAGUGUUCACCUUUCUCCAGGUGUAGACAAGGGCCUCACAAAGCUGUCUGCCCUUAGAAACGCUGUUAACGUCUUGCAGGUGGUAUGCUGCCUCCCCUGGACUAAGCCAUACAUUUCUAGCGGGUCUCAAUACCCUGGUUCAGAUGUGGCAGCUGAUACUUCAUCUUUGGCUGAUAGUGAGUCCAGACGGCUGAUGCUGUCUCGUGUUAAUCCCCAGCAGACUCAGCUGGUGUGGGAUGUGUGCGGGACUAGUCUGGUGGAUUUCCUCAGGAUUUACACUCGAAGAUUUAAAACGCGAAUGGAGAAAUAUUUACAGAAAGCAAAGUCAUUUGUAAUGGCAGUCCCGAAGAUUAUGUUGCAAAAGAGGACAGCAUCGGCAUCAUCAAUUAAAGCCAUGUUUGAGGAAAAUGAACAGCUCUUCAUAAUGUCUUUGAUGGAACUUAUGUUGACGUUUGCUUAUUGCUCCUGUGAAAGUUUCGAGAAUCUUGGCGAUAAGAAGUACCAGACAUACAUAUCACAAAGUUCUGUUCAGAGUGAAGUGGAAAGUGUUAAAAACCCAACAAGGCCCCAAAGUGCAAAACCAACACCCUUGAUGAAGAAAUCCCAUCAGUCAAAACGUAAUCGACCAACAAGUGCACGUGUUACAUAUGGCUGUGGUUCAAACCAGCCAAUUGUCAUCCCUGUUGCCGGAGAAGAGGAUAUGGCUGACCAAUCAGCAGGUGUGUCAUGUACUGAAAAAGCAAGGUCAAAUUCGCCCAGAGGGAAGAAUUCAAAAUGGAGGUCAUCAACUGUGGUAGAACAAAGUGCAAACACUCUACAUUCAAGGAUUGGUAACAACUGUAAUAUUCUUGACAAACAUCACAUUGACCUUAUGAAAAAAGUAAAUGAUUCACAGAGACGGUUAAUGAGGAGGUGUUUGUUUGAAGCAGGAGUCUUUGAAGCAGUAUCACCAUUAAUUCUCUGCUCUGAUGUAAAUUAUAAGGUGCUGUGUAUUCAGAUCCUUCGCUGUUUAAUCCAACCUUUGGGGGAGAAGGUUGUUAGCAUCUCCCCAGGGGACUUUGAGAAGCCAAAGCAUUCAGACCGUCAUAGCCCACCCUCGUGCUUGAAACAGCGACCUCAGUCAGCCUGUCCAGGUGUGGACCGAGAGAAACGACUGAGAACAGCUAUGCAGAGUAUGUCCCCAUCAGUUGCUACAGUAAUUGCCAAGGCUUUAGAUGCAGAUGGUCAUAAUAUGCCCUUACAGUUAGUGGCCAGGCAUAACACACCUGUCAGGGUCAACAACCCAAGUACUAUAGAUUUACCAGCGCAAGGGGACCCAACCCAAACUGAAAUAUGUAACAAACCCAAAGUUGAUGUGACUCGGCCAAUAGCUCACCAGUGUCGCCUUUGUCUGCUGGACAGUGUAGGAAGUGAUCUCCUCACAGGGCUUUUCAGUCAAUCCAGAGCUGUAAAAAGACACACACUGCUCCUGCUAGAAGAUCUUGUUCAUCAUGGAGAUGUGUCACUUCAUAUGACACUCUCAGAACGAGGCUGUAUCCCUAAACUAGUGGACUUUCUUCGUGUCAAUGAAGAUGAUGAUCUCAUGGAAAUAACAGCGUUAAUCGUAACACGGAUGCUUGUAGCCAGUGAUGUGAGGCUGAGGAAGGUGUUUGAUGUACAUGGAGGCUCUAACUUGCUGAUGGCUAUGGCUCGCUACACCAAAGGUCUGCUAAGAGAAGAGGUAGCUCUUACCCUCAAGACUGUUAACAAAGCUGCCAACAGAGGGCGCCCCCAGUCAGCACCACCUGGAUCUCCGGUUGACAUCUGGGAACAGAUAAACAAAAGAUGGAAGCAGGAAGACAAAGUAUCUGAAAUUUUACAGCAGUGGAACAAGUAGAUGUAAUUUUGUGUUAUUAAAGGUACAUGAAGUCUGUCAUUGACAACUGCUAGACCAUGUUGACUUAC